CUGGUAUGUAUAUCGAUUACCUCCCUUCGUUUUGAUAUGUACAUCUGAUUUUUUUUUUUCUUUUAUCAUGUAUUCCUGUUAAUUUGCUCCUACAUCAAUUUUGUUUUUUUGGUAAUAUAAAAAUAUUUAUUUAUCAUGAAUUCCGAAUUUCGAUUUAGAAAAAAAAAAAUAGUGUUUUGAUCUGAGUGUAUCAUGUGUCGUGAGAGCUUGUCCUAGAAAAGCGAAGAGAUCCACAAUUUGUUGUGUUGGUGUGUGAUUCCAUGGUUGAAGCAGCAAUGGUUGUUUCCUAAGAUCCGCCAAAUUGCGUUCCCUCUCUUACCUUCUUCUCAGUAAACACACACAAAAUGAAGACAUAUGGAACAAUCUCACAAGAGCCAGAGGCUUCAUCAAAUCCAGAUUCAGUUUUCGUUUCACAGGCGAAAGAGCGCAUUCAAACGUCUCUAGGCACAAUCAGACCAUGGAAAGAAAUGCUGCAACCCUCUCAUCUCAAACUUCCAUCUUCCUUCUACGCUUCAAUCCAAAGAAUCAACACAAAUGCCAGACAUUUUCGUGCCAACUACGUCAUCAUCAUAUUGUUUGCGCUUUUCCUUAGCUUACUAGAACACCCUGUUUCUUUGAUCAUACUGGUUGUUAUGAUGAUAGCAUGGCUGUACUUGUAUUUCCUACGAGACACCCCUUUGGUGAUUUUGAGGUUUGAGAUCGAUGAGCGAUUGGUGGUUAUCUUUCUGUUGUUGAUCACCAUUGGUUUGCUUGUACUCACCGGUGUAACCUACAAUGUGGUAGUGGCCAUGAGUGUUGCCCUAGUGCUUGACCUCCUCCAUGCUGUGAUGAGGGAAACGGAGGAUCUGUUUACCAUGGAUGAAGAGGUAGGGAUUGUGAAGGGUCUUAGAGAUGUUGCCAUCAAAGUCCCUCUCAGACAACCUGUUUCAUCUUCUUUUUCUUCCUCGUCUCAGAACCAAAUUCGUUCUCCCUGAUACAGAUGCAUCAUGCUAUUGCCACGAUAUUCAAUUAGAAUCAAGAGGUUGUAAAGGGUCUUUUAUAUUUCUUGUCACUUCCCUUCUUGAUUCAAUGCAUUGUUCAUCCAAAGUUGCAUUAUCUUUUUGUCAUUUCUCUGAAGCUAUCUUAAUCCAAUGCAAUGUAGCUUAUUGUGACAUGUGUUGUGUUCAGAAUAUUAUUUGCCUUUAUUGUCUUGACGAUGAACCAAAUCAAUUUUUUGUAUUUUUCUGAAGUCAGUAAUUGGCUGCAUAUAAAGAUCAAAGGUAACAGUUGCGUCCAAAUUGAAACACUUGCUUGCAAAUUUCCACUGCAGUUUGUACACAUUGACUCGUGGAAAGGUGUCAUCGCAAUUUAGAGGGUUAGGAAAGCAUGAUAGUCGUCAAGACUCCACCAAGCUUGGCAUCAUACCCUGCUGAUAGCAACUGCCACAAAUGCUUCAAAUUACAAUUCAGUCAGUUCCAACUACCCCACCACCAUUCAAUUUUAAUACAUAGCACAUAGUCUAGUAGUUGAAUAACCCAUGAUUCACAAACUCUUAUCUUGAUCAAAAUUUUACUUUUUUUUAUAUUAUCUCCUUUUUUACUCGAUCUAAAGGGAAAAACUUUUGCACUCACUACAUUCAGAGAGAAAUAAUAAUAAUGAUUAAGAAGUGUUUGAUAUAAAGGGAGGUUUAUAUAUUAUAAUUUAUAACUAUUAUUUUUGUUUUUAACCAUAAAGUCAAAGUCUUGUAUAAUUUCUCACAACAUUAAUAAUUUCGAUAAAACCGAGUAGAUAAACUCAACAUGUGUACUCUGCUUUCCUUCUGAUUCUUAAAACGUAACUCUAGGAAUGGAUACUAAAGAAAAAAAGACAGGAUUGAUGGGAAUGAAAGAAAAACACUUGUCGAAAAGUGUUCCCUGAUAAUGGUUGGAAUGAACCUGAGGAAGGAAUGAUUCCCACAGAGAGAAAUACAUUUGUACAUACAGAGAGAUACUUGACAUUUGAUGAAGUGGCAAAACAUAUCUGAACAUAAGGUGGCUUAGAAAAGGUAGAAUAUGGAAGCUCCACCAACUGGAGCAGUGGAAAAGAGUGGUCCAAAAGAAAAGCACUGGUGCAUUCAGAGGAUCAAAAAAACAACUCUUUGAUAGGAUGACACUGAUAUCAACUAUUUGCAU